UGUAUACUGAUCUUGUUAUCUUGGUUGUUUCCUAUACAUGCUGUCCCAUGGACUACAUUUCAUAGUGAGUUACUCGCUUUUUUGUCAGGGUUGUCUUUGGUGGCUGGAUUGUCUUAUUCAGAAAUAAAAAUACCAAAGCCUCAAAUACUUGCCUUACCCAUAUUAUUUAUUCCUUUAAUUCAGUGGGGGUUCGGUCAAAUUCUUUAUUUUAGUAAUGCAUUGUUGUGUACUAUUUAUAUUGCAAUGUUUUGGCUAAUGGUUGUCGUUGGUUAUAACUUAGCAAUAGGUGAAAAAAGAAAAAGAGAAAAGGUUUUUAAAAUAUUCUGCUUCGUGGUGUAUGUUGGUGCAAUUAUUUCAAGAAUUAGUGAGUAUUUUAGUCCAUGGUUAAAUGUUUUGAGAGGAAAUCGUCCAUAUGCAAACUUUGCACAACCGAAUAAUCUAGCUACUUUUAUCUGCAUAGGGCUAUUUGCUUGCUUAUAUUUCUAUGAAAAGAAAAUAAUCUCAAAUAUGAUUUUAAUCUCAACUACAUUUAUUUUUUUAUUGACUAUUGCAUUGACCCAGUCGCGUACAGCUUGGGUUGUGUGUAUAUUUACCUUUUUUUAUUUAAUGAUUAAGCAUUUUGGUAAAAAUAGACGCUUUGGUUUUGUGAAAUUAUUGGCUUGGGUUGGGAUAUUUAUUACUUUAAUAGUUUGUUUACCUAUAUUUAACCAAUGGCUUGUAUCAUUUGCUUCACAAGACAUAAUUCAAACAGCGACUGUUGCACAAAGAGCUUCUUCUGGUUAUUUACGCUUAGAUAUAUGGAACCAAGCUUUAGUUGCGAUUACUCAGCAGCCAUGGUUUGGUUAUGGGUGGAAUCAAACGGGAAUAGCGCAAAUUUCUGCUUUUGAUUCUUAUCCUUCGCAUGAAUGGUAUAAUACAGCACACAACGUAAUUCUAGAUUUACUGAUUUGGAAUGGUAUUCCAAUUAGCACUAUAAUAGUUUUUUUUAUGAUAAUAUGGUUGUUUUGGCUUAAUUGUAGUGUUAAAGAGCCCGUUUCAAUUGCUGCUAGUUUGAUGGUUUUUGCUAUCCUGAUUCAUGCUCUAUUGGAAUAUCCUAUUCAUUAUGCCUACUUUUUAUUGCCACUUGGAUUUUUGCUUGGAAUUAUUCAAGCACAAUAUAUUGAUUUAUCAUCACUAACUUUGAACAAGAUUUUAUUGCCAAUUUCUUUAUUUGGAGGGGUAAUAUUAAUUAUUAUUAUUAAUAGAGAUUAUGAGCUUUAUCGUAAACAAAGCUUAAUAGUUACUCGUGGUUUUGCAUUGAAUGACGAAGAGAGAGAAAGUUUUACAAAGAAAAUUAUUGUACUAGAUCAACUUCGUGAACGUGUAUGGUGGAUUGGUUUUAAUCCACAUAGCAAAGUGUCUGAUCAACAACUUGAGCAUAUCGGAAGAAUGGUGUCUAAUCUUGCUUCUAGAUACGAUAUUUAUAAAUAUGCACAAGUUUUGGCAUUUAAUGGUAAGAAGGCUGAGGCUGAACACCAGUUAUGGGUUUUAAAAAUAUUGCAUGGUCAAGAAAAGUCAUAUCAGGAUUUAUUACCUAUAUCAAUUGCAGAAAAA